UAAACUUGCAAAUAUUAUGCUUUACAAUUUUAAUAAUAUUAUGGUAAUAUUUUAUAGAGAGUAUUAAUAUACAUAAAUAUUAAUAAUGUCUUCGUGUUUGUUGCAGUAGAAGUGAGUCGCAGUGCGCUUUCGGCUCGAUGUGCGUCCGCCGCGCGAGGAGGGAGCAUGCUGGUGCACCUCGUAAUACUUAGCACCGCCUUCGCGGCAGCCAACACUGGGAAGCACGGAGGUAUUGAGGUACCAGAGUUUGGGGAGCCCAUCACGAAUCUGACGGUGCCGAUAGGGAGAGAUGCGACCUUCGAAUGUAUAGUUGUCAAUUUGGGCAACUUUCGGGUGGGGUGGGUGAAAGCAGACACGAAGGCGAUCCAAGCGAUCCACGAGCACGUGAUCACACACAACCCUCGAGUGUCAGUCUCUCACAGCGACCAUUCCACGUGGUACCUUCACAUCAAGAACGUGCAGGAAGAGGACAGAGGACAAUACAUGUGUCAAAUUAAUACUGACCCUAUGAAGAGUCAGAUGGGCUUCCUAGAUGUAGUGAUACCUCCAGAUUUCAUACCUGAAGAGACAUCUGGAGACACGAUGGUUCCCGAAGGUGGAACAGCCAGGGUUUCAUGUAAAGCCCGAGGUGUUCCACCUCCGAGGGUCAUGUGGAAACGAGAAGAUGGCAUGGAGAUUGUUGUGAGGGACCAAACUGGGGCAAAGAGUAAAGUGUUAACAUACCAGGGUGAAGUGUUGAAGCUGACCAAAAUAUCACGUUCGGAGAUGGGCACAUACUUGUGUAUCGCCGGUAAUGGAGUCCCUCCUACAGUGAGCAAGCGUAUCCACAUCAGUGUACACUUCCACCCGGUGAUUCAAGUGCCCAACCAGCUAGUCGGGGCUCCGCUGGGCACUGACGUCACCAUCGAGUGCUACGUCGAGUCCUCGCCAAAGUCUAUCAACUACUGGGUUAAGGAUCCAGGUGAGCUGAUCAUACCUUCGGAGCAUCACGUCAUGUCUGUGAGACAAAAGUCGAUGUUCGAAGCUGAGAUGACAAUGACCAUCAAGAAUAUUCGGCGGGAAGACCUGGGCAGUUACAUCUGCGUCGCCAAGAACUCCUUAGGAGACGUUGAGAGUAAAAUAAGAUUAUACGAAAUCCCUGGGAACGAUAGGCACGCCUACCAGUACCCAGAUGUCAGAGCAACAUCUGACGAUGAAUAUGGAACCAACACUUAUGAUGACGAUGAUGAAGAUGUCGACAGCAUGAAGAGCAAUAGAGUGCCAGACAGAGCCAACAAAUGGUACUCGAAUGAUGGAAAGGCGACGGUAACUGCGGCCACCGGCGCCGCAUCUACCAUCGCCACAACGACAACAAUCUUCCUGUCUCUAAUCAAAAGUCUGCUAUAAUUACUAUAACUGCUUCAACAAAAUGUUUCCCUUUUAUUUCGUUCGUUCGCCUGAUGAUAAUUCAGGUAAUUGUCAACAAUCACAGCCUGUAAUUACGUUUGAUUGGAAUAAUUUCUCUACGCAUUGUUAUUUAUCGUUUUUAGAGUCGGCGAAUUUACUUUUUUCCGUAUUGUCAUUCCACCACCGUGUAACGUGAUAAUAACUAGUCUUAUAACGUUGUAUAUAGUUUGUAAUAGGCGAAUAUCCGAACUGUUUGUAAGAAUAUAAAUAUUAGUAAUUCAUCUCCGAUACUUACUGUUAAUAUGUUUACGAGAUCGUAUAAGAUUUAAGCAAAUGUUUAUAAAUGAAUGUGCCAUGUAUAUUGCUAUUAUCUUGAAUAGAGACAUUUAUAUUAAAGUUUUUAUUGGGCAUGGUAAAUUUAAUUGUAAAUAAAUAUAUUGAUAUGUAAGCGAUAGAGGACAUAUUUACUUUAUGAAUUGUUUAAAACAUAUAAACAGUUAAUAGUUGCCGUAUUUACAAAUUAAAAGUUACAAUUCCCAGUGCUUACACUCCAACUGCAACUUGGGAGAUACGGUACGUGCAAGUAAUGGAUUUAGUGGCCAAAGUCUUCCAACGGUUAAACCAACUUUAUGGUGUUACAGUCUAGAUAUUUGUUCCGCGGUUUAUGAGAUAGUAAUUGAUAGAAUGUCUCAAGUUGCAGAUGGAGUUAUUUCCGCGUGUAUCUAAAAAUAAUGUAGUCGAAUAAUAAUGUAACUUCUUCCGAACAUUGUACGUUAUCCUGAUCGUUACAAAAAAUAAUAAAAUCAAGGACAUGUCGUACUGUCUCUUAAUUUCACCCGAAACCUU